AUGAAAUUGAGUUUUAGUGAAUGCAGUCUACUUUCCUCAGUUAAAAGUGGUGAUUUAGGUCUCAUCACUCAUCUUAUUGAAGAAUUAGCUAAAAGUGUAUCGACAUUUUUACAAAUUUAGAUGUACAUUUAUAUUUAUACAAAAAAAUAGAAAAUCUGAUAACAAUUUUAGGUAACAACUUUAUACCUUUACUUUUUAAUUUAUUAUCCAAGCCCUUUAAGGUCAGAAUAUUGACCCUCAAAUAGAUUCAAAUCCUCCCUAGUAAUAAAAUAUAAUUAUUGAAAUUAUCAAAGCCAUCAAAGAAUUUAAAAUUGAAUUAUUUGAUCUAGCAGCAUAGAAUCCAAAUAUGUCCUUCUUUGAUUUUUUGGUUACAUAGCAAUUUAACGAUCUUUAUGAUAUCUUAACAGCCUCUGAAAAGCAAUUGAAUGGACAAUUAGAACCCUUAACUCCAAAAAAAUUAAAAUAAGAAAUGCCUUCAAAACAUAAUCAUGAACUAUACUUUUAAACUGACACUAUUAAAAAAAGAUCAAUGUCAGCUAGUCAUUCUACUACUUCAAAAUUACUUUAAUAAAAUAACAUUGAAUUAGAUUUUGCAUUACUAUAAUAAUUUGUAUACAAUCAAAUAGAACAUAAGUAAGACUCACCCAAAGCUAAAAAUAAAUAAAACCCAUAACUCUUUUCUUUUGAUUCUACUUUUGUUAGAGAUUUACCUCUCUCAAAAUAUAAUGCCAUAAGCAAUUUUGAUGAAUAAUUCAAUUUCACACUCUAAAAAUCUCAAGAAGAUGCUAUUUAAACUUCAAGAUUCGAGAGUUAAAGAAUUGAUGAAGAAGAAUAUUUUGGUACAGAUUAAUCUAGUUCUGAUAUUAAUUUAACACUUGAUAGAUCAUAUAGAGAUUGGGAUGUUAGGUUUAGAUAAUUAGCAGAAAAAGAAAAACAAGUUGCUUAAAGAGAACUAAAGACUAUUAUUUAAGAAAAACAUCUUCUUAAUAGAACAAGAAGUUAAAGAAUGAUAAGUCCUAAUAGUAAAGAAUAAGAUCAUGAUCUUAUUAAUAGAACAAAUAAUGAAUCAAAGUAAUGUUUAGAUGCUAAAUCAACCUUAAAGUUCAAAUAAAAAUUAAAAGUAUUAUAUUAUUAAUAAAGUAGAAAACUAGUAUAAAUGAAAGAUCCGAUGUAUUUAUUAUUUGA